UUUUUCUCCCUCCCUUUCUCCUCUCCUUGUCCUCCCUCAUCUCUCCCGCACUUGGACUUCGCUGUCUCUGCACUGCAGAUCCCCGCCAGCCGGGAGAGCCGCCGCCUCCCGGCCCGGCCGGACCCCCCUGCGCCCUCCCCGCCAUGCUGCCCUCCCCGCCGCCCUAGGGACAGCUUUGGGGUACGGGUGGGGGGCGGCGGGCCGGGGCUGCCAUGCGGCAGGACAGGCUGACGGGCUCGCUGCGGCGGGGCGGGCGAUGCCUGAAGCGGCAGAGCUCGGGCGGCGGCGUAGGGACCAUCCUCAGCAACGUCCUCAAGAAGCGCAGCUGCAUCUCCCGGACGGCGCCGCGCCUGCUCUGCACCUUGGAGCCAGGGGUUGAUACAAAAUUGAAAUUCACUCUUGAACCAUCUUUAGGUCAAAAUGGCUUUCAGCAGUGGCAUGAUGCACUCAAAGCAGUGGCCAGAUUGCCGACAGGCAUACCGAAAGAAUGGCGGAGAAAGGUUUGGCUGACCCUAGCUGAUCAGUACUUACACAGUAUAGCCAUUGACUGGGAUAAAACCAUGCGUUUCACGUUCAAUGAAAGAAGUAAUCCUGAUGAUGACUCUAUGGGCAUCCAGAUAGUGAAGGACCUUCACCGAACUGGUUGCAGUUCUUACUGUGGCCAGGAGGCAGAGCAAGACCGAGUGGUAUUAAAACGCGUUUUGCUGGCGUAUGCUAGGUGGAAUAAAUCUGUUGGCUACUGUCAAGGAUUUAACAUACUAGCUGCACUUAUUCUGGAAGUAAUGGAGGGCAAUGAAGGGGAUGCCCUGAAAAUCAUGAUUUACCUAAUUGAUAAGGUGCUUCCUGAUAGCUAUUUUGUCAAUAAUCUCCGUGCUCUCUCUGUGGAUAUGGCUGUUUUCCGAGAUCUUUUAAGAAUGAAGCUUCCUGAACUGUCCCAGCACUUAGACACCCUGCAAAGAGCUGCUAACAGAGAAAGUGGAGGAGGAUAUGAACCCCCACUUACAAAUGUCUUCACGAUGCAGUGGUUUCUAACCCUCUUUGCCACUUGUCUGCCUAACCAUACAGUUCUGAAGAUCUGGGAUUCAGUAUUCUUUGAAGGCUCUGAAAUUAUACUGAGAGUGGCUUUGGCUAUCUGGGCAAAGUUAGGAGAGCAAAUAGAGUGUUGUGAAACUGCAGAUGAGUUUUACAGUACCAUGGGCAAGCUGACCCAGGAGAUGCUGGAAGACAGUCUGAUUGACAGCAAUGAACUCAUGCAGACUGUUUAUACCAUGGCUCAGUUUCCCUUCCCUCAGCUGGCAGAAUUAAGGGAGAAGUACACAUACAACAUUACUCCUUUCCCUGCAGCAGUUAAAUCAACUUCACUUUCAGGAAGGCUAGGCAGAACCAGAGACAGUGAUGAGGAGAAUGACCUAGAUGAUGAAGACUCAAUUGCCAAUGCAAUUGGCUGUCUUGGACCAUUGAGUGGGUUUUUGGCACCAGAGCUUCAAAAAUACCAAAAACAGAUGAAAGAUCAGAAUGAAGAACAAAGUCUGGGUUCCAGUAACAUUGCAGAAUUAAGUCCAGGAGCGAUAGACUCUUGCCGAAGCGAGUAUCACGCUGCUUUUAACAGCAUGAUGAUGGAGCGUAUGACCACUGAUAUUAAUGCACUGAAAAAGCAAUACUCCAGGAUAAAGAAGAAGCAGCAACAGCAGGUUCACCAUGUCUAUAUCAGAGCAGGAUCUGAAGAUGACGAUCCUGGGAUUUUUUUAGGUCCCAGGGACCAGCUGAACAAUGACAAAGGGCCAGUUACCAGCCUCCUCCCUUCUCAGGUGAACCAUUCCCCGGUGAUAAACCACCUGCUUUUAGGAAAGAAGAUGAAACUGAAUAACAAGUCUCUCAAAAACGCUGUUAUUCAUAUCCCGAGUCACGCUACGGGGAAGAUGUCUCCCAUUCCCCAAGACGAUCUUAAAACCAAACUGAACUCCCCGUGGCGCACUCACAUCCGGGUUCAUCGAAAGAACAUGGCGAGGGCCAAAGGCCAGCUGGGCUACGGGGAUACCGUAGGCCUGAUAGACGAGCAGAGCGACAGCUGUAAGACAAGUAGUCCUGGUGCAAAGGAGGAGAAUUCCAAACACUCUGACUUUGGAGAAGGAGGUGGUUUGGAUGACAGGACUACUCAGCAAGCGGGCCGGCGGUCGUCUGAGCCAGUCUCUCCGGACAGCAGUACGGCCAUGGCGGCGGUCCAGCUGAAACUGGAAGCUCUGGAGCUCACCUCAGACAGCAAAACCCACACGGAGUCGACACCCCGUGGCUCCAGCCAGCCGCGUUUGUCCGAGUCCUCCAGCUCAUCCAGCGACAGCGGGAACCGGGCUAAAUCUCCCCAGCCCCCCAACACAAAGCCACAAGUCUUCAACCCUUUCCCCAGCGUCAAGCCCCUUCGCAAGUCGGCCACGGCCAGGAAUCUGGGGCUGUACGGCCCCACGGAAAGAACGCCCACUGUCCACUUCCCACAGAUGAGCAGGAGCUUCAGUAAGUCUGUCAGUGGCAACAGCGGGACCAGGAAACGAUGAUGGUGAAACUGCCUGGCGCUGUUUCUGACAGCAACAAAACAAUUUGUAUUGCUUUUUUUUUUUUUUUUUUAAAUAAUAAUGUGUGUAUGUGUCACCCAAAGGGUUUCUAAUCUUUAAGUAAGUAAUGGGGACAAAAGUGAUUACCAGAUGUAUAAAUAUGUGUCUUUGAAAAUUGUGCUCCUGUGGUGUUAUGGGAUAGAUUAGUGAAGAUGCACUCUGGCACCCUGUUGUCGAUUCUGAUGGUUCUGUGGUAAAAUAAACAUUGAUUUGCAGUGUGAAGCAUAGUGUUUCUUUUACUCUAACUUGGACAUGAAAAUCACCGUCUGCCUUUAACCCCUCGGCCCCCACAGCUGCCUCCUGUCUCUUUCAAAGCUUGAAGGACAAGUUGUCUGGUGCGACAGACAGGUGUAACAGUUUUGAUGACUGUUGUGCAGCCACCCCCUUAGACCUCACCAUCACGCUCUGCGAGUAGCCGGAGAAGCCAUGACUAACAGAAGCACAAGCAGCCCCAGCGAUCAAAAAUACCCUUUGGUGUCCGACAUUACCACUUGCCUACCAGGCCAUCUGCCUAGGGACCUUCUUGAGCAGCAUUUUGUGCUUCUCUUCCCACAGCAGUCCCCUCCUGAUAUUGUUUCUAAUAUAAAUGUAAUCAGCAAGCAUGAGGGUAGCAGGCAUAAGUCCAUCCACAACACUGGUUUGCUCCUUUUCUCUUUACAGAUGUACAUACACACAUCUCUAAUACUUACUGCUGGACAGUGGCUGCACUGCAAAAUUAGGAAUUAGGUACAACUAUAUUCAUGUAGUUGUAUGAAUAUUAUGGCAUAUCUUGGCUUCAGUGGAUUUAAAAGCUAUUAUCUUGUAAUUAAAUCAUAUUUGCCAGCUUAGCAGUAGGUAAAAUAUAUGAAUGUUUCAAAGUAGUUUAGGGUUUUAAAUACUAUAUAUAGAGUGAUUAGAUACUUAGGGUGCCACUUAUCAUUAAAAGCCAAUACAUCAGCCGCUGUGUGAGUGGGAUGGACCAAAGGUCUCCAUGGCUUGGUUCUGGUUUGGUGGGAAAGAGCAAUGGCAAAGCGAUAAGCUUGAGUAUAAACUUCUGAAUUAAAAAGCAAAGCUGGUGAAUACCAUAAGACAAGUACUUUAAGUACUUUUUUUUUUUUUCUCUAUACAUUAGGCAGGCAGAGAAACUGAAUGUGAACAAUUCUAUUUCAGGGUUACAAACUCAAGCACUCCAAAAAAUUCAGGUUGCUCUUAAAAAUAUUACAUCUCUGCUGAACUGUAUGUGUUGACUGUGAUUCGUUACCUUAUUGCUUCCAAGUUUCCCAUGACAUGAAAGUGCCAUUAUUUUAAAGUGGAGUAAAAGCAGUAACGAUGUAUGAGCCCCAUUGUAUGUAGUAUUUUACUUCCUCUUUUAAAAUUCUGUGUUAAAUUUGCAAAUUAAUAUAUCAUUGUCUAUUUAUUAAUGUAUCCCAUGACCUAUGGGACGUUAUGUUGGUUUUACUGUAUGCCAUAACUUACAAGCUGUACAAUAUACCCUGUUUAUUGUUGUGGGGACAGGUUUAUUUUGUUGUUGUUUUAUAGGAGUGUAUGCAUAUAAAAUAAUAUACAAGUAUGAACACUAUAAAUAUAAAACAGAUGUAGAUCAGGCCUUGCCCCUGCCUUAUUUUCAGGUUAUAGUAGUAUUGUCACUAAUGAUUAUUUAUAGUGCUACGUAAAUUUAAAAUAAUGUAGAAUUUAGUCACUGAUCAUGGACAAUACGAGAAUUGUUUCUGCCUUGAUUUAGAAGAAAUGGACUUCUCAAAAUUUUACUGUGAAUCAUUCUCCCCAAUUUUCCUUAGCUCCAGUGUAUCAGGCAGCUGUAUACUGAACAACAAACGCUGAAAAAUAAAAGGACUGUCAUUCUGCAGAAACAACUGCAACCUCUCAAGUAUGUGCAUGAAUUUCCAACACGUUAAGAUGGGAUUAAGCAAUGGAAAAUCAGCAAGCUUUGCACAGGUCUGGGGAAAGAAAUGCCAAUAAAAUACUAAUUCUAGUGA